ACUUCGUCGCUCCUUUAUCAUUUUUCUCUCGCUUCAGGCCCUCACUCGUCUAUUCUCCAGCCGUUCCCUGCUUGACGCUCGACGGGCAUGCUUUUACGACUUUCGGUUUUCAUUCAUGUCCUUUUAGCUUCUAUCUCGCUCUCCCAUGCACGACCGCAUCUGGGCCAUGGCCGACAUUUAUCACACAGGAAUGUAGCCCACCACAUCCAUGCUUCCCGCAACACUGGAUCGACUCCAGGAACGCCGACGACCCCAGAAAUCACUGUCAGGAACACAACCAGAACGCGCCGGCGAAGAUGCACAGCACGACAAUUGGACCUUGAAGCGCUGGAGGGACAGUUGCUCGAAAUUACCGACCCCUCAAACUUGCCAUCGCUGGCCUUGGAAUCCGCUGCUCCUUCAUCCUCUUCCGACCCAUCCUCGUCUGGCGCUCCCUCGUCGCCAGCAGUGGGCGCUCCACCAGAACCCUCACCAACACAAGCACCACCACCAAGCUCUCCCCCGCCGUCCUCGUCUCGGGUCAGCCAGCUCUUCCCCGUACCCGGAUUCAGCAGGUCAUGGAGCACAUGCCCCGAAGCGCCCAACCCUCGAGAACUCUCCGACGGCACCCUCCGACCUGGAAAUGUUUUGCGGACGACCAUGUACUAUUACGGAAACGCACCUGAUGGGAGACCGGCCAUGGUUGGCCACUUCCCUCAAGGAUCGUUCACGUUCAAGAACUAUCCCCAGGGUGGAUUUUCGUUCUACGCACCCGGUCCUGGUGAUGUUGAUCUUACCACUGCCAAGGAGGCCACUUUCGGAUAUAGCGUUUUCUUCCCUGAGGGCUUUGCAUUCAAUCGUGGAGGAAAGCUCCCUGGAUUAUAUGGCGGGAACAGCAAUGAAGAGGCCACCAGCUGCUCUGGUGGGCGCCGAGAUACGUCUUGUUUCUCCGUUCGCUUGAUGUGGCGGAGAGAUGGAGAUGGAGAGUUCUACACCUACCUCCCUCCGGGCUUCGACUCCAACAACCGUCUCUGCAAUGUGCCACCCUUCUCCGAAUGCAACCCUACCUACGGUGCCUCUGUUGGCAGAGGAUCAUUCCGCUUCCCUACCGGUACUUGGACGACCGUGGCGGAACGUGUUAGGCUGAACGACCCUGGCCAAUCCAAUGGAGAAAUCCAACUCUUCGUUAACGGCCAGAGCGUUUUGAACGUUGGCGGGCUCGUGCUGCGAGAUAGUGGUGCUGGAAGGAUUCGCGGUAUUCAAGCACAAACAUUCUUUGGAGGUUCGACAGCGGAUUGGGCAAGUCCCAAAGAUCAGGAUAUCUAUUUCUCGGAUUUCUCAGUCGCCAUCACGCAAAGCUUCUAG